AUGGAAUAUACCUCUCAUAUUUUCGUCGAUCAAAGUGUACUUUAUAGUUAUUUUCAACGCGCUGUUCUUGCAAAUCUUUCUUCUUCCUUCACUGUAUCGCUGCAUAUACUAGCUAAUUUAUUCGUAUCGAUUCUAAAACUUUGUCAAACACCAUUGGGUAUCGUGGGACAGCCGUUAAUUUGGAACGGAGUUGGAUUAUAUCAAAAAUUAAUUGUCUUCGACUCUUCUCAUUUGACUAAUUUAAAUAUCUUUUGGUCAAUAAAAGGGGAUGGACUUUUUUUCGACAUCAUUUUUAUUUCUUUUUGGAGCGCAGUGGUGACAGGAUCUAUUCGUAAAAAAAAGUUUAAUUUUUAUUGA